ACGCGGUAAAAUUAUACUGCCCAUUCAAGAUUGCCUAUCCAGGACAACAGGCAAUCAACACACGGAACAAUGUCCGCCUCAAUCCCACGCUUUCUCCUCCCCCGCGGUCCCUCCACCUGGCGCCCGCGUCUCACCUCGCCCACCUCCCGCACCAUCCGAGCCGCUUCCACAAAGGCCACAAAACCCAAGGCGCCUGCCUCCAAAAUUCCCGUCCUCGAGAAGCCUACACGUUUCAACCCGCCCUCGCACGGCAAGAGCCUACCCAACCGCACAGUGCGGUACCCCGGCCCCCCGCUCAGCGAAUCCGAGAUCGCAGCCCAGAAGACGAAGAAAUACCCUACCAUGAUGCCCCCCGAGGGGACGUUCAUGCACUGGUUCCUGAACAAUCGCAGCAUCCACAUCUACAUCACGCUUGGAGUCCUGUCGUCGCUGGCGGGGUUCACGUUCCUGGUUAGUCUGCGACGGGACUCGAAGUUUGGGGAUCUCCUGCCGGAGCCGAAGGAUGCGAUAUGGCACCCCUUUGCGACGGUGAGGACGGUGUUUGAGGUUUUGAGGCUGGAUACCGAGGCGAGGAGCGCGGAGACUAAGGAGAGGAGAGAGAGGAGGGUGGAGGAUGUGGCGAAGAGGGGAGAGUACAGGAAGGCGCAUGGGUUGGAGACAGAGGGCUUUGGUGGGUGGACUGCCAAGGAGGCACCUCCUGUCGCUGUUCAGGAAGCAAUGGAAGCGGGAGAGGAUAGCGUGGAGCAGCCGAAGCAGAAGAGGCAGGUUAAGAAGUGGUUGGGGAUUUGGUAGGGCGCCAGUAUGAGGGAAGGUAAGGGAUAGACGGGUACGAGCUGCAUUAGAAGCUUGGGCUCCAUAGCGCGGCAGAGAAGGGAGAGUUUGGAUGUACGAUAUAUGUGAGAUUAGCGCCACUAUUUCCGCGGCAGACAGCGAAGUCAUGUACAAACAAACUACUAUAUCUCAAGUCCACCGAUAGAUUUCCCAAGUCACCAUGAUAGAGGUAUCAUGUAGUACAUAAAAGUGUGGCAGCACACCCUUUUCCACGUUGAUGGUCACUUCAUGCAUGUUGUUUGUGAAAAUCAUCGUUUUAUUCUACUUCAUCCUCCCAUUUUCCUCAGCCAAAUGCAACAGCCAACCCAUUUUUUAAUGCCCUUUUCUGUUUUCUCAUAUCAACCUUUCGCAGCCGAACGCCAACUCGAAGCAUAUGUUUUGAAGUCUUUUUCUCUUUUGUCCUCUCGAUUUUUUUAAGCUGAAU